ACAAGCCUUCCAUUACUGUGCUAUCAAGAAAGUGGCUUUGUACUCCAACCCAAAUUGUCACAGCCUCGAUCUUAACCAAUAGUGGCCUUCUCUUUCACCAAUGGUCCUCGAUGCUUUAUCUUCUUCAUAUUCAGAUCUUCCUCCAUACAUCUUUGCAAGGACAAACAGAGAGAAUUGACAAAACCCUAAAUUGUGGAGAGAGAGAGAGGGAGAGAGAUGGGGAGAGGAAAGAUAGAGAUAAAGAGGAUAGAGAAUGCAAACAACAGGCUUGUGACGUUUACAAAGAGGAGAAGUGGGAUGAUGAAGAAGGCAAAAGAGAUCACCGUUCUUUGUGAUGCAAAAGUGUCUCUCAUCAUUUUUGCAAGUAAUGGUAAGAUGCAUGACUUUUGCUCUCCUUCAAUGGAUCUUGGUGAUAUGUUGGAGCAGUAUCAAAGGAUCGCCAGCACGAAAUUGUGGGAUGCUAAGCAUGAGAGCCUCAGCAAUGAGAUUGACAGGAUCAAGAAGGAGAAUGAUAGCCUACAAAUGGAGCUCAGGCACUUGAAAGGGGAAGACAUCCAGUCCCUGGACAUCAAAAGCCUCAUGGCCAUAGAGCACGCAGUCCAGAAUGGCCUCGACAAAGUCAGAGACCAUCAGAUGGAGUUCCUCAUGACGAAACGUAGAAACGGAAAGAUUAUGGAGGAAGAGAAUCGGCAGCUCAGUUACCAACUGCAACAACAAGAGAUUGCUAUAGCGAACAACAACGCGAGAGGAAUGAGAGGUAACUGCGGGAUUCACCAGGAGAUGGCCGCCGGGCAAUUCGCCUUUCAAGUGAAGCCGAUUCAGCCUAAUUUGCAAGAGAAGAUCAUGUCUUUGGUCAUCGACUGAAUCCCACUCUCAUGAGUCUCUCAGCUUUCUUAAUCUCAAAGCAGAUGAUACUCUGCAAGGACUUGGACAUAAGUGUUUGCAAGACUUUUAACUUGUUUGAUUAUGAAUGUGUGCUUUAAAACUAUGCAAGUGUGCUCCUUUAGUAUCCUCAUAUUUGCAAUUAUAUUAGAUAUAAUAACUUAAUUUUGUUCUUUGUUUUGUA